GAUUCGCUUCCUCUCAGCAGCGACUGCAAGAAAGCCACAAAACGACAGCGCGAGCAUUCCCGUCUUUAGGGGCCCUCAUUUUAGAGGUAACCGAAGGUGGAACCACCGAAAUCUUGCGCGAACGAAUCCUACUGUCGUUCUUCUCUGGAGCGUCUAGUGCGCGCCUGAUUGCGGUGUCGGAAAAUGAGUGACGAAGACAAAAACGGCGCCGUGGCAGCGAAGAAGAGGGAGACGGAGAGGACGACCGGCUCUCUCCGCUCCAUCUUCAUGCAUGCCGACGCCGCCGACAAGCUACUGAUGGCCCUCGGCUUCCUCGGAGCCGUCGGGGAUGGCUUCACAACUCCGCUGGUCUUGUUCAUCAGCAGCCAAUUGAUGAACCACAUCGGCAACGUGUCGUCUUUCACGACGGGCACGUUCCUUCAAGACAUUAACAAGAACGUAGUGGCUCUUCUGUACUUGGCGUGUGGCUCGUUCGUGGCAUGUUUCUUGGAGGGAUACUGUUGGACGAGGACGGGAGAGAGACAAGCCGCGAGGAUGCGAGCCCGGUACUUGAAGGCCGUCCUGCGACAGGAUGUGGGCUACUUCGACCUGCAUGUGACCAGCACGUCCGAAGUCAUCACCAGCGUGUCCAACGAUAGCCUCGUGAUCCAAGAUGUCUUGUCCGAGAAGGUGCCGAAUUUCCUGAUGAAUGCCUCGAUGUUCGUUGGAAGCUACAUCGUGGCGUUUCUGAUGUUGUGGAGGCUGGCUAUCGUCGGGUUCCCGUUCGUGGUCCUCUUGGUAAUCCCUGGGUUCAUGUACGGCCGAACCCUGAUGAAUCUGGCGAGGAAGAUCCGGAAGGAGUACAACAAAGCUGGUGAGGUCGCGGAACAGGCGGUCUCGUCCAUCCGGACCGUCUAUGCCUUUGUUGGGGAGGACAAGACGAUUGCUGAGUACUCCGCCGCGCUCCGGGGGUCGGUCGAGCUGGGCCUGAGGCAGGGGCUAGCGAAGGGCCUGGCCAUCGGGAGCAACGGGGUCGUCUUCGCGAUCUGGUCCUUCAUGUCGUACUACGGCAGCAGGAUGGUGAUGUACCAUGAUGCAAAGGGCGGGACAGUUUUUGCAGUUGGCGCCGCCAUCGCCGUCGGUGGACUAUCAUUAGGAUCUGGCCUAUCCAACGUGAAGUACUUCUCGGAAGCAUGCUCGGCAGGUGAGCGCAUAAUGGAAAUGAUCAACCGGGUCCCAAAGAUCGACUCCGACAGCCCAGAGGGCGAGAUCAUUGACACGGUCUCGGGCGAAGUCGAGUUCAGGCACGUCAAGUUUGCGUACCCGUCGAGGCCCGACGCUCUGAUCUUCCGGGACUUCAAUCUGAGGGUCCCGGCGGGCAGGACGGUGGCCCUAGUGGGCGGGAGUGGGUCGGGCAAGUCGACAGUGAUAUCGCUGCUGCAGAGGUUCUACGACCCGCUCGGCGGGGAGAUACUGCUGGAUGGAGUGCCCAUUGAGAGGUUGCAGGUGAAGUGGUUGAGGUCGCAGAUGGGACUGGUGAGCCAGGAGCCUGCGCUUUUUGCUACUUCCAUUAAAGAGAACAUUCUGUUUGGCAAGGAAGAUGCGACAUUCGAUGAGGUUGUGGAAGCUGCCAAGGCCUCCAAUGCCCACAACUUCAUCUCUCAGCUUCCUCAAGGCUAUGAUACCCAGGUGGGCGAGCGCGGCGUGCAAAUGUCCGGCGGCCAGAAGCAGAGGAUCGCCAUCGCGAGGGCCAUCAUCAAGUCCCCCAGGAUCCUCCUCCUCGACGAGGCCACCAGCGCGCUCGACUCCGAGUCGGAGCGGGUCGUCCAGGAGGCCCUCGACAAGGCCGCCAUCGGCCGCACCACCAUCAUCGUCGCCCACCGCCUCUCCACCAUCCGCAACGCCAACCUCAUCGCCGUCGUCAAGGACGGCCAAAUUUUCGAGUCCGGCUCCCACGAGGAGCUCAUCGGCGACGACUCCAGCCUCUACGCCUCCCUCGUCCGGCUCCAGCAGACCGAGAGCCACGAUGCCGCAACCCACCACCACCACGAGGACUUCUCCUCGCCGACCAUAUCCGCGGCAGACGCGAACAACACGAGCAGCCGGAGGCUCUCCCACGUGAGCCGGUCGAGCUCCGCCAACUCGGCCGCCGGGCCGGGCCGGGCCUCGCUGGGCGGCGCGGACCAGGCCGGCUUCAUGGACGAGCAGAAGUUCCCGGUGCCAUCCCUUAGGAGGCUGUUGGCGCUGAACGCGCCGGAGUGGAGGCAGGCCUGCAUGGGGUGCGGGAGCGCGGUGCUGUUCGGGGCGGUCCAGCCAGUCUACGCCUUCGCGCUCGGGUCGGUGGUCUCGGUGUACUUCCUGACGGACCACGACGAGGUGAAGCGCAAGACUCGGACCUACUCCCUGUGCUUCCUCGGGCUGGCCGUGUUCUCGCUGCUCAUCAACGUGUCGCAGCACUACAACUUCGCGUACAUGGGCGAGUACCUGACCAAGCGGUUGCGGGAGCGGAUGCUGUCCAAGGUCCUGACGUUCGAGGUCGGGUGGUUCGAUCAGGACGAGAACUCGAGCGGCACGGUCUGCGCGCGGCUCGCCAAGGACGCCAGCGUGGUGAGAUCUCUAGUGGGUGAUCGGAUGGCGCUCGUCGUGCAAACCGCCUCCGCCGUGACCAUAGCAUUCACGAUGGGUCUGGUCAUCGCGUGGAGGCUGGCCCUGGUGAUGAUCGCCGUCCAGCCCAUCGUCAUCGCCUGCUUCUACGUCCAGAAGGUCCUCCUCAAGAGCAUGUCCCAGAAGGCCAUCAAGGCCCAGGACGAGAGCAGCAAGCUCGCCGCCGAGGCCGUCUCCAACCUCCGGACCAUCACCGCCUUCUCCUCCCAGGGCCGGAUCCUCCGGAUGCUCGAGCGGGCGCAGGAGGGCCCACGCCGCCAGAGCAUCAAGCAGUCCUGGUACGCCGGGCUUGGGCUCGGCGCCUCCCAGAGCCUCACUUCAUGUACCUGGGCCCUGGACUUCUGGUACGGCGGCAAGCUCGUCUCCAAGGGCUACAUCUCGGGGAAGGCGCUCUUCGAGACCUUCAUGAUCCUGGUGAGCACGGGCCGAGUCAUCGCCGAUGCCGGAAGCAUGACAUCAGACCUUGUUAAGGGCUCAGAGGCCGUCGGCUCGGUCUUCGCCAUCUUGGAUCGGUACACCAGGAUCGAGCCCGAAGACCCGGAAGGGCACAAGCCCGAAAAGAUGACGGGCCAGGUCGAGAUUCGCGACGUGGACUUCGCCUACCCGGCUAGGCCCGACGUCAUGAUAUUCAAGGACUUCUCAAUCAGAAUCGAGGCUGGGAAAUCGACGGCAUUGGUGGGGCAGAGCGGGUCGGGCAAAUCGACGAUAAUCGGAUUGAUCGAGAGAUUCUACGAUCCGCUCAGAGGUGUAGUGAAAGUCGACGGCAGAGAUAUAAGGUCGUAUGACCUGCGAUCACUGAGGAAGCACAUCGCGCUCGUCAGCCAGGAGCCCACGUUAUUCGCGGGCACCAUAAGAGAGAACAUCGCGUACGGCGCGUCAGAAAACGUGGACGAAGUGGAAAUCGUCGAGGCGGCCAAGGCAGCGAACGCGCACGACUUCAUCGCGUCAUUGAAGGACGGCUACGAUACAUGGUGCGGGGAAAGGGGCGUGCAGCUCUCGGGCGGGCAGAAGCAGCGGAUCGCGAUCGCCCGCGCCAUACUCAAGAACCCGACGAUCCUGUUGCUGGACGAGGCGACCAGUGCGCUCGACAGCCAAUCCGAGAAGAUCGUGCAGGACGCGCUGGAGAGAGUGAUGGUGGGUCGGACCAGCGUGGUGGUGGCGCACCGGCUGAGCACCAUCCAGAACUGCGACACGAUCGCCGUGCUCGACAAGGGGAAGGUGGUGGAGAGGGGGACUCACUCCUCCCUCCUGGCCAAAGGGCCGUCGGGAGCUUAUUACUCAUUGGUUAGCCUCCAAAGAACCGGAAAUCCUCCUUAAUUUUAAUGAUCAGGGCAUUUGGAAGAGACGCUUUCGAAGUCAAAGAGGCCAAAAAAACAUAAGCCGAGAGCAAAAUCUUGUUUCUGUAAAUGACAUGGAGGGAGAUGAAGCAAUAAAAUGGAAGAUGCUUCUUUCUUUUUUCUCGUGCAUGUGAAUGUAUAUGCCUACAAUCUAAUGGUUAUGCUGUAUUCACUUAUGUAAGAGAGGAGACAUGAUCCAAUAAGGCCAAACAACACAAAUUGUCCCUGAUUUUUGGCAUAAUAUGCAGUGUCAUUCAUGAA